CACACCGACAGCUCUCCCACGCAUUUCGCACCCCCACCGCACCACCACCACAGAUCUCGCAGCCAUGGCCGCCGCCGCCGCCGCGCUGCUCCUCGCCGUCGCGGGGGUGCUCGCCGUCCCCGCUCUGGCGGAGAUCAGGACGGAGACCUUCCGGGAGGACCCGCGCCCCUCCAUCCUGUUCGAGAAGUUCGGGUUCUCCAAGACGGGGGCCGUCAGGAUCGUCAUCUCCGGCGCCGGCGUCUCCUCGACGUUCGCCCGGGCGGACCCCAAGCUGAUCGGCUUCUUCCUUCUGUCCGACGAGUCGCUGUUCCAGGCCAUCUACGAGGCGCAGGCGCGGCGGCCGCCGGAGAAGCGGGAGGAGGUGGCGGGCGGUGGCCCCGACGAGCCGGACGUCUCCCGCUGCAUCCUCUCCAGCCCCUACGUGAAGACGCUCUUCACCUUCCACGACCUGGGGCGCGGCCACUACAACAAGACCUUCCCGGUCACCCACCCCGACGAGUACAGCCUCUACUUCGCCAACUGCGCCCCGGAGUCACUCGUCACCAUGAGGGUCCGCACCGAGAUGUACAACGCCAACCCGGACGGAUCCAAGGACUACCUCCCCGUCGGCCAGGCGCCCGUCCCGGCCAUCUACGGCUUCUUCGCCUUCUUCUACGCCGCCUUCCUCGCCGCGUGGGGUUACCUCACGCUCUCCCGCGACCGCGUCUCCGCGCACCAAAUCCACCACCUCAUGUCCGGCCUCCUCGUCGCCCGCCUCCUCUACUGCCUCUCCGCCGCCGAGGACCAGCACUACAUCCGCGUCACCGGGACGCCGCACGGCUGGGACGUGGCCUUCUACCUCUUCCAGCUCGUCAAGGGGGUCGUCUUGUUCGCCGUCAUCGUGCUGGUCGGCACGGGGUGGUCGUUCCUCAAGCCGGUGCUGCAGGACCGGGAGAAGAAGGUGCUCAUGGUGGUCAUCCCGCUGCAGGUCAUGGCCAACAUUGCCUCCGCCGUGAUCGGGGAGACAGGCCCCUUCCUGGAGGGUUGGGUGACAUGGAACCAGAUCCUGCUGUUCGUGGACGUCGUCUGCUGCUGCGCUGUGCUCUUCCCGGUUGUCUGGUCGAUGCGGUCGCUCCGGGAGACCUCCAAGACCGACGGCAAGGCGGCGCAGAACCUGUCCAAGCUCAUCCUCUUCCGGCAAUUCUACAUUGUGGUGAUCGGCUACUUGUACUUCACUAGGAUCGUCGUGUAUGCGCUCAAGACCAUUGCCAGUUACCAGUACCGGUGGGUGAGCAUCUUGGCCGAGGAGGUAGCCACAUUGGCGUUCUACCUCUUCAUGUUCUACACGUUCAGGCCGGCCGAGAGGAGCAAGUACUUUUCGCUCGACGAAGAUGAAGAGGAGGCUGUUGAGAUGGCUCUCCGGGAAGAGGAGUUCGAGCUGUGAAGAAUUGGCGGCGAUUCAUAGCAACUGGGAUGUAAGAUUGUUUUGUUCCUCGUAGCUUCAAAUUUACUGAUGACACUGAGGAUACUUAACUGGAUAUGUACAAGAUGGUUUCUUGCUUGGAGUGCAAUGUGGAAGGAAUUAAAUCUCGCAAGUACCAUUGUUUAGGCAAAGCUUCAAGCUGUCUGCAUUUUGUAUGGUAGCCGGUCCUUUCAUUUGGCAUGUUUGACUUGAGCCGCUCUUCUGUUAUACAUUCGGUAUCAGUAGGACUCCUGAUGUGAUGAUGUUCAACACUUCCA